CAGCGCCGGGAGGGAGCCUCGGGGCGCGCGAAGAUGCUGUCCUACAGCGUGCUGGACGCCAACGUGGUGGACGUGGAGAAGAGAAGGAACCCCUCGAAGCACUACGUCUAUAUCAUCAAUGUAACGUGGUCAGACCUGACCUCCCAGAUCAUCUACCGAAGAUACAGCAAGUUCUUUGACCUGCAGAUGCAGCUUCUGGACAAGUUUCCCAUUGAAGGAGGACAGAAAGACCCCAAGCAAAGAAUCAUCCCUUUUCUACCAGGUAAGAUCCUGUUCCGGAGGAGCCACGUCCGAGAUGUAGCUGUGAAGAGGCUGAAGCCCAUUGACGAAUACUGCAGGGCGCUGGUUCGACUUCCCCCUCACAUUUCACAGUGUGAUGAAGUCUUCAGGUUUUUUGAGGCUCGUCCAGAAGACCUCAACCCUCCAAAAGAGGACUAUGGAUCUUCAAAGAGAAAAUCAGUUUGGAUGUCCAGUUUGUCUGAGACUCCAAAAAAGAGUGUCGCUCCAGGUGCUGAUGCUAGUUCUGAACCCAUGAUCCUGGAGCAAUAUGUGGUGGUGUCCAACUAUGAGAAGCAGGAGAACUCUGAGAUCAGCCUCCAAGCUGGAGAGGUCGUGGAUGUCAUAGAGAAAAACGAAAGUGGAUGGUGGUUUGUGAGCACUGCAGAGGAGCAGGGCUGGGUCCCUGCUACGUACUUGGAAUCCCAAAAUGGAACCAGAGAUGAUUCUGACAUCAACACAUCCAAAACUGGGGAAGUUUCUAAGCGACGCAAGGCUCACCUGAGGCGCCUGGACCGGCGAUGGACGCUGGGCGGGAUAGUCAACAGGCAGCAGAGUCGAGAAGAGAAAUAUGUCACUAUUCAGCCGUACGCCAGCCAGGGGAAGGAUGAGAUUGGGUUCGAAAAAGGGGUCACCGUGGAGGUCAUCCAAAAGAACCUGGAAGGAUGGUGGUACAUAAGGUAUCUUGGCAAAGAGGGCUGGGCCCCAGCUUCGUAUCUGAAGAAGGCUAAAGAUGAUCUUCCAUCUAGAAAAAAGAACUUAACUGGGCCAGUGGAAAUCAUUGGAAACAUCAUGGAGAUCAGCAACCUGCUGAACAAGAAAUCCGCUGACAAGGAAACUCAAGCAGAAAAUGAGACCUCAGAAACACAUAUCACCAAGAAGGAAAUCAGUUUGCCUAUUCUUUGCAAUGACUCUAAUGGUAAUGCCAUGAUGACACCAGACAAGCAGGCUUCCAAACUGGCCCAGGGAUCUCCAGCCAUAGCAAGGAUAGCGCCACAAAGAGCUCAAAUAAGUUCUCCGAAUUUAAGGACAAGGCCACCACCACGAAGAGAAUCCAGUCUGGGUUUUCAGUUGCCCAAACCACCAGAGCCACCCUCUGUGGAAGUGGAAUACUACACCAUUGCAGAGUUCCAGUCGUGUAUCUCUGAUGGGAUAAGCUUUCGCGGUGGACAAAAGGCAGAGGUUAUAGAAAAGAAUUCUGGUGGCUGGUGGUAUGUGCAGAUUGGAGAGAAGGAAGGAUGGGCUCCAGCAUCUUAUAUUGACAAGAGGAAGAAGCCAAAUUUAAAUAGAAGAACAAGUACUUUAACCCGCCCAAAAGUUCCUCCCCCAGCACCACCCAGUAAACCUAAAGACUCUGAAGAAGGAACAACUGGAAUGGUUUCUUCAGAGAAUACCCAGGACUCUCCCCACAAGGUGAAAUAUGAAGAACCUGAGUAUGAUGUGCCUGCCUUUGGCUUUGAUUCAGAGUGUGAAGUAAAUGAAAGUCAUCGUGAAGAGGGCACUCCUGAAAAACGGCUAUUUCAGCCCCUCAAGCCCUCUCCUGUGUCAUCACUUCAGAAAGCAAAGUUCAAAGUAGGAGAGUCUUCAGAGGAUGUUGCUAAUGAAGAAGAGACCAUUUAUGAGAACGAGGGUUUCAGACGUUAUGUGGAAGAUGCUUUGUCCAAUAAGGAAUCUAGUGGAGACUCUGAUUCUCAGAAAAGCUCUUCUCUUUCUUUGAUUCGAAGGAACUCUCCGUGUUCUCUCUCUCCUAAAUCAUCAUUCAUGAAACCCAAGAUGGAAAAAGACAUCCAGCCCGAGGUUGGAAAAUGUCACUAUUCUAGGAGUGAGGAGACAAAACCAAGAUCAGCUUCAGAUGUUGGCUUACGUAGCAUGCCAAGAACAGGUAUGAAGAAAGAGCCUGGGCAGAGUCCUUCGAUUAGAGCAAAACCAAUUGUUAGGCCCAAACCAUUCCUGAACAAGGCAGAUUCUCAGAGUCAAGAAAAGAUGGAUAUCAGCACUUUAAGGCGUCAGCUGAGGCCGACUGGGCAACUCAGAGGUGGACUUAAAGGUUCUAGAAGUGAAGAGUCUGAAAACCCACCACACACAGCUUCUGAAAACCACGAUGAUCAUGUUAGGAGGGGCUCAGCUGACCUCAUCACAGUUCCUUCCCGUGGCAUUUUCUGUUCUAGCCAUCCAACCAAAACUGAGCAGGAAAAUGAUUCCAGGUGUUUCUAUGUGACCACUGACUCAUACCAGAAGGUACAGGAUUCUGAAAUUUGCUUCCCAGCAGGUGUAGAAGUGGAAGUGCUUGAAAAGCAAGCCAGUGGGUGGUGGUACCUGAAAUAUGGAGAUAUGGAAGGCUGGGCUCCUUCCCAUUACUUGGCUCUCCCUGAUAACCAGCAAGAAACCAUGUCAGCGGAGACCGACGCCUCAUUUGCCAGGAACAGGAAAAAUGAAAAUAAAUCAAACAGCUUAGAGAAGAUAGAGAAGAGGGUUCAGGCUUUGAACACCAUCAACCAGAGCAAACGUGCCACACCACCCAUCCCAAGCAAACCUCCAGGUGGAUUUUCAAAAACAUCAGGACCUGUAAAAAUGCGGAAUGGUGUGAGGCAGCUUGCUGUCCGGCCUCAGUCGGUGUUUGUCUCCCCACCACCUAAGGAUAACAACUUGUCGUGCUCCUUGCGCAGAAAUGAGUCUUUAACAGCCACAGACCAUCUUAGAAAUGUGCGUCGGAAUUCCUCCUUCAGUAAUGCACGGUCGCAGCCAGGUGAUGCAAAGGGAAAGCAGCCUGAGAGGUCGGGCUCUGAGGGUUCAGAGACCACCUCCAACCUUCCCACCCAGAGGAAUGGGAUCCCCGUGUCUACUGUCAGGCCAAAGCCCAUUGAAAAAUCGCAGUUCAUCCAUAACAAUCUCAAGGACAUCUAUGUUUCGAUUGCAGACUAUGAAGGGGAUGAGGAGACUGCAGGGUUUCAAGAAGGUGUCUGUAUGGAGGUCCUUGAAAGGAACCCAAAUGGCUGGUGGUACUGCCAGAUCAUGAAUGGUGUGAAGCCAUUCAAGGGCUGGGUGCCCUCAAAUUAUUUGGAGAAAAAGAACUAGUAUUGCAAUAUCUUUAACCUUCCUAAUUUAUACUGUUCCUGCUGUGUACAUGUGGAAAAAAAUAACUGCUAUACAAAAAGACCUUUCCCAUGUGCCCCAGUUUGUACAAAGGGACGAAGGAGUCUAUGCUGAGGACGAAUCUGCCAUGUUCUGGAGAGGUUUGUGGGGUUAACAUGUUGUAAGCAACUAUGAAGAUGCAGCAGUCAACUGCCUUUUUGUGAAGUUGUUAAUAAUCUUAUAUGUGUAACAGGGUAUGACAUCCCAUCUUUCCCGUUAUUGAUAGGAAACCAAGUGUGUGCCUUUCAUGAGAGAAAUACACAUGCAUCUCAACUUGGGGAGUUCUGUGCCAAACUCUUGUACAAUCUUGGCUCCCUUUUCUCCUCAAUCUUGUCCGUAUGUGGAAUACCCAAGAGUUUCGGAUGCAUUUCUACAACUUGCAGUGAGAAGCAAAUGGAAUUUUCUGAAACACAAAGGGACUCGAAUCCUUUGGAGAAGCUUUUUUUUUUUUUGCUUUUUUUUUCUUUUUUUUCUUCUCAACAGUUGUUUAGUCCAGAGUUGGAGCCUUUUCAUCGUGGAGAGAUUUGGUCUCUGACUUCAUCUGUGUUUUGUUCUUUUUGCUAAUUUACCCGAAAUGGCGAUCAGGUGGUGUUGGUUGGGGGGCUCCUUGUUUCCUUUCUUUCUGUCUUCUCCUUUGAGUUGAUUUCAGGUGUUUUAGGGCAGCAAUGCCUACUGGUGCUUGUAAAAACAAACCUACAAACCCUAUGCUUAAGCACGUUUAUUACUUUGUAGGCUCCCUAUUUAGUUCUGUGCCUGACUUCUGCCAGGAGAUCCUGGUUGAGUCUCUUUACAGAACUGGGUUUCUCAAAACUUGUCAUAUUAUCAAAAUGUACAAAAGUCCCUUAAGACACUGAACACGUGGCUGUCAAAUGUGUUGCUUCUGCUUUUUUAGCAGUCUGGUCCAAAUCCAAGCAUACUGUCUGCUAGCAGGGCCCACAGAGGUAUUAGUUAGAAAUAGCUGUAACCUUCUGCAACAUCAGUGUUUACAAUGAGGGGGGAAAAAAGCCAUCAAACUCGGUCUGCACAUCCUUAAUUUGUAUAUUUUUGGGGAAUUGUUUUUCCAUGUUUUGUUUCUUUUCUGUGCAUUCUGGGUUAACUUUUUCGGUUUUUUUUUUUUUUUUGUCUUGGUUUACCAGAAGAGACUUAAAACUGAAAUAGGAGCCAAAUAUGUGUUUCUGUUCCCACUUGAAUCCAAGAAGUACAUUUGUACUGGAAAGUGUGCCUGGGCUUUUCAGGCUCAGGGAUUUAAUAUCAAAGUAAUUAAGUCUAAAACACAUUAACCGGGAAGCUGCCUCUUCUAGUUCCAUUUCUAUUUGUUUUUUUUUUUAACUCAUGCUUUGAAAUGUGGCACCUGGUGAAGAUGGCGUUGUGUGAAAUAGAAGAGGCAUCCACUGCAGAAGGCUUUGGAAUAUGAAGUUAUUCUUGAGGUAGCCAACUCUUGUACUGUAAACAUCAUUGGCCAAAUCCCUACUGUACUUGAGAAAGCCUUGCUUGUUUGUUUUUUUUAUUUUUAAAAUGGUUCUGUUAAUCACUCUAAAUCUAAUUCUUUUAAAUAAUAGGUAGUCUUGUGUGUCUGUUUUAAGAGGGAAGAGGCAUACUAUUUCACUACUGGUUUACACAAGAUGAUACAUGCCCUUUUUUUCCACCAGAGCUUCAUACGAUUUGGCUUGGAAGGUAAAGGUUACAAAGACUUUAAAAUAGCUGGGAUCAAGGGUCUGAGUAAAAUAGCACAACAGUAUUGUGUUAUGGGGGAUGUUUCUCUGCCAAAAAAAAAUUAUACAAUUUAUACGUUGUUCUUGUCUUUAUUCUUUUUUUUUGGGGGGGGGGAGGUGGGGCUUUUAAUUGCUAUGGUAAUAUUGAGAGAGUUGCCUACAGCUAACCUGUCUGAUAUCCUUUAGGUGGCUGAAACAACAUCGAAGUGCCACAACAGGCUACAAGCAGUGCUGUGUUUUGAGCGGCUCUCAGAAUCCAGGCAGGGAGGGGUGGGUGUUUGGGAUCCCUUUCAGUUGUGGUAGCAGGAGAAGGAGGUGUAUCUGCACAACAGCUUGUAUCAGUGUGCAGGGCCCUCUUUGUACCUUACAUCUUACCAUAUAAUAUAUAUGUAUGUAUCCAGUUGGCUUCAUCUUACUGGAUGUGUAUCUGAGGCAUUGUGGCCCAGUCUCAUACUUCUCCCCAUCUUUAGUUGUACUAAUAUGGUCGCAGCUGUAAAAGGCUGUUGGAGCUGUUGUGAGAUUAUAAUAGAAGUAUUAUAUUCUUCUGCUGGACAGUAUUAAAUAGAGCAAUACAUAGAGUUAUCUGCUAGAUUGCAGUACUAAUAGUAGUGACUUAGUGACUUGUAUUAAUGUUAUGAUUUAUUUUAACAAUAAUGAUGCGGAAGUGGUUCAUUAUUUUGAAUUAAUGCACUUUAACAAUAAAAGAAACCAAAAUGGAAGCCAAUGCAGAGAACUAAGUGCAUUAUUUAAAGGUGCAGUAUAUAAUUAUCAUUUUCUUGAAGCACAUAUUUAUUAAGAAUUAACUUAUUAUUUAAAAUAUUCUAAAGUUGUUUAGAGACAUUCCCACCAAGUCGUCUCUUUGGGGGGAAGUAGAAGCACAGCUCCCAGAUCUUCUGCAUUGAGCCACUGAAUUCUUCAAGUAUGGUGCAGAGUGAUGUGAGCCCCCCGCCCAGGGAGAGGAGAGCAGCAUACAGCUCAGAUAGGAAAGCCCAGGCUCCGACAAAUAGUCACACUUGCAUCCAGCCAAAGUUGAGCCCGGAGUAUCUCUGAGCUGCAGGAGUCCUUGUAGGAUUUGAGAAGGAAAAGCUGCUUUUUGUGGCUGUUUGUGAUGCUUGGUGCCACAUGUCUUGCACGAUGCUGAAUGGCACAGAUGGGUGGUGCCUGUAAUAUCACCAGGCUUUUCUCAAGCAUCAGCCCAGUGCACACACUGGCCCGAUUGCUCCUUUAUCGCAUCUUGAAAGCUCUGUGAGGGCUGAGGAAAGCCAGAGCCUAUAGAUGAGGCUGCAAAGCCAGUGCUGUUGUGGCUACCCCUGCCCUUCUUUCUCAGCCUGCACUCGCAGAAGGGAUGAGUGCAAAUUAGCUGCUUGUUGUCAGCAAUGAGUGAGGGCUGCUGCCUGACACACUGGGCUUCACACCCAGUGGGAAGGCUCUGGUUUGGGCUUCCUUUUAUUUGAUGCUUGUACCUCUGAAGGGCACUUCUAAAGCAAAUACCAUACCCCAGCAGCCCCCAAAAAUACUGUUAUUUUCUUUUCUUUGUCCUCUCCUCUUGCUGUUAUCACAGGUGAUUUAUUUUUGUUAUUUUUUUAUUCUUGCAACUGAAAGAUACCAGGUCAAUUUUUAAUUUUUUUUCCAUUGGCAAGCAGCUAGCUCCCCAAAAUUGCAAGCCAUUUUCUUUGUUAGCUGUGAAACAAAGGGAAAGGCCCUGAAGUCCAUCAGAGAAGCUGACUGCAGGGCAAACCUGGAAGGGGGGGCUCAAAGGACAGUGCAGUGCUGGAAGCGUUUUAGCUCUUCUCUGAAAUGUUCAUGUCGCCUUAAGCUUUAUUUACUAAAUUUGUCAGAACUGACACUGGAUCAAGAGCAAUAUUUAAACAUAAUAUACACCUCAGUGGGCACUCAAUGCAGAAAUCAGUAGUACUGUUUAAAUCUCCCUCUUUCUGUUCUUGAACCAGACAGAAGAGGAAGUGGGGCCCCAGCGAUGCCAAUUGCAGCAGAAGGGAGCCCUCAUCUGGGGGAGAGGUGGCUGCUGUCACCACUGCCCUCGCUGUCCCAAAAGCCUUGAAUUGGAACCAACAGAGAACCCCAAGCCCAACACCAUAGAACAAAAUUUGAGAAUGUGAAAAUUGCAUCUUGCUGUAUACUGCAACUUUAAUAAUAAUGAGCACUUCUGAGUUCGUUAUUGAGGUUUAUAUAAUGCCUGAAAGAUUUAAUUGCUGUUUUCCUCUGUCUCCCAGUUCAUCCCACUUUCUUGUAAUAGCAGUAAUAUGGGUUUGUUGGCUGCCCUUCUCCGUGGAAGGCAGUUCCUGCUAAUUCUUCUCUCAUGUCUUGCAGUGGGUAGGUGCGGCCAUAUGUACCAGUCCUUUGCAAGCCAAACUUUCCAAGAUAAAGGAUGCAAUGGGCAUGUGCCAGGUUAUUGAAUCACUGUACAAAAACAGCACAUGCUCAGUAAUUUUACAGAUUGAAAUUGGCUCAUGGUUUGAAAAUGGAUUUUCACAUGCACUAGUACAGCUAAAACAAGGAUGUGGCCCUUGUGGAUGCACUCCAAAGGCUCUUUCCAUUGCAAUGCUAUAAAGUUUGACGAAGGCAUUAUAUGACUGUUUCCAUCACUUUCAGAUCUUAAUGAAUCGUAUUUUAUUGUAAUAUAUAUUCAUUGCUUUCCUCAGUUAAAAAGAAAGUUACUGCUUUUAUCUUAUAUGAAAAACAAGGGAAUUUGGUAAAGCAUUCAUUAUUUUCAUAUUCCUAGUAUUAACAGAAUAGAACUAGUACUAUUUAAUUUUAGAUCUUCAUAGCUAGCUUGUUAAUAACUCAUAUUUUCCUGUGUUGUAUCCUACUAUUUUUUUCUAUUUUUUUUCCCAAAUACUCUGCAUUCUUGAGGAAAAAAAAAAUAUCAAAUCCAGUGAGUGGAUAAGUGCAAUAUUCAUCGAAUAAACAGGCCCCUCAUCCAGGACUUGGAGUGGAACGUGCAGUGUGAAAUGUUUGCAAUUCUCUAUUCAUGCACUCUUAUGGGAACAGGAGAUGCAGGGGAGGGGCAGGUGGAUGAAAACGGGACCCUUGGGUCGGUAGGGAUGGAUAGCUGGGGCUGUUAGUCUUGGAAUGGCUGCUUGUCAUAGAGAGCAUCACCUGGUACUAAAAGUGUAAGGAUUAUGCAGCAUGUUGCCAGGUUUGUGUAUAGGGUGUGCAUUAAUGUCCUUAUUAAUACAGGACUUCUGAGCUAUGCUUUAAGUACUCUGUAUGUCAUCCUUGCAUGAUACUGCCUUCUCGUUUGUCUCUGCUGGUGGUUUUCCUCUUUUGCUUCAGAAUCAAUAACUUAAGAAAAGAAAAUACUUCUGCUGGUGCUGUCUCAAGUUUUGAUACUGUACUGUUAUUUGUAUUUAUUCUAGAGCUGUGGAAAUGUAUUUCUGUAUGUCCUCAUUUCUUUUUUUUUUUUUCUUAGGUUAAUAAUAAAGAAGAAAGUCCCCAUUUUUAUCCAGGUUACUUCUCACCUGCAGAAUUUCACAGCUAAUUUGAUUUUUGAAAUCCUAGUUCCUGGCUUGCAAAGGAUGAUCAUUCAGUUCCAAAGUAAAGCUGAGCAGAAACUCUGCUCUUCAAAAAAAAAAAAAUUAAAAAAAUCCAAUUUGAAAGGAUGGAGAAUUUCCACCUGUCCAGAGUAAUGUCACCAUCCAGGUAGCAGCAAAACCUCUCUUUGAAAAACUGGACUGUUUUAAUGAGAUCCAAAAGUAAUGUGAAAGACAAGCAUUGGGUUCUUUGAGCUCUGGGGAGUGUUUCUCCUGAAGCUCUACUUGAUGUCCCUGGAGGGCAGCUGUACCUCAACCUUCUGCUUAAUUCUUGUCAUGCUGCCCUUGAGUUUGUGAAAAGGCCUGGCUGUUACCAGAGACCUUUGCAUUCAAAUAAGAACUGAGUUCUGCAGCAGUACUGAAAUAGAUGUUUUUCAAAAUCCUGUCAUUGAUACUAACACUUUACACAUUAAUCUUGUUUUGGGGAGCCAACCUAAUUUUUUCACUUGCUCUUGUCCAAGCCAGCCAGAAGUCCAGGAGCAUCAGUAGGGUUACAAUGGCAGAAACCCUCAUGAGCGCUCACCACAGCCCAUUCUCCUAAAGUUAGGAGCAUGGGAGUGCUGAGCCUGGGGCUGCCAUGUACCAUCUGCUGCAUGCAGGUUGUGCGGCUUUGUAAGACCCACUGGAGCUUUGCUGCUGUCUUGCCAGUGUCUUUCCAAUACUAGCAGCUCCUUCUCUGGCAACGUCAGAUGUUAUUUAUCCAUGUAGCAAAGUGUUGUGUGUAAAUUCAGUGUUCAGUAGCUGCCAACAGCACCAAUACAAUGGUUCAAGAGCAAAUGUUUAUUUUUCUUCCAUUUGCUUUUAAUUGUUUGAUAGAAGCAGGAACCACCAAUGUGGCAAUGCAUAGGGAAUGUGUUUGCAUGCUUGAACUCUUCAAUGGCCUCUGCUAGCUGUGCCCGGUGCUUCUAUUUCUUUUUCUGUCUCUCUGUGCUGCUCAGUGGCCACCUCUGUUGUUUGUCUGUAGCUUCAGAUGAAGUACUGUAUGUAGGGCCGCAUCCAGAGUUCUCUCCCAGACUUGGGGUUGCAAUGUAGAUUGCUGUUGCUGCUUUCCCUCCUCAUCUUAGAGCCAGUUGGAGCACCCAGAGUUCCCCAGAACUUCCUCUUGGGUAUCUUUCUUGGGGUGUCAGCUGUGUGGAGUGUCCUUACACCACAGCCGGGGCUUUGUAGUGAUCCCUGGGGUGAAAGCUGAGUGCAGACCCGAUGGCACAGGCAGAACAAAGUAGCUUCUCCCAUUUUAUAAUGUCAUGGCUGGGCUGGUCCCAUCACCAAUGUUCUUCGUUUGUUCUUGCAUCGAGGUAGUGUUGAUUCUAGUUGAAGAGUGCUAAUUUUGUUUUGUUUUGUGUUUGGGUUUUUUUUUGUUUGUUUGUUUUCUUUAAUAAAUAAAUUUGGUUUAAAGCUUCACACUGGCAUUUUUACAGACCUGUUUUUGUCAGCAUAAACCACCGCUGUCCUGAGUUGAGACUCCUGUUUGUUACUGAAUCAAACUAAUGGAAACUGUAUUAAUGAUUUGGAAAGAAAUGAAAGGCAACUAUAUUGGUGGGGGGGUGGGAAAAGAUAAAAUACAAGGGGAAAAAGUGUUUCUAAUAAGGCCGUAAAUUAUUUGAUCUGACACUGCAGGUGCUUUCUCUGUAUAAAUGGUUUUCAUACAUCACUGCUCUGUGUUAGGAUUUUUCAUUACUGAGAAAAGUUGAGUUUUACACUCUGUGACGAUGGAAGUCUGUAUCCUGAAGCCAGUGAUCCCCCCAAAGCAAGACAAAUAUAUGCCAUGUGAUUGCUGUACUGGAGGCACUUUGUACUUUUCUUUCUCGGUCCCUGUUUGGUGCAGGGAAGAAGCAGAGGGGAGGGAGAAUCGCAUGGCAUUGCCAAAACCCCAUCGUCAUUCUUGGAGGCAUCAAAUUGGGUUCUGGGUCUGGAUCCCCUGAGCAUCCAGGUUGGGCUUGUCUGUCCUAUAGAAGCAGGAUAGCAGAAAAUACUGCAGUCACUGGAACUUAGCCUGUAACCAUUAACAAACUGGAGCAAAUAAGAAGGGAAUUAAAAAAAAA